GAGGCGCCUCGACUCACUGGCUGGAGAACCGGAGUCUCUCCUGCGGAACAUCCCCGGCAGUUUCUCGUCGACGGCCAUCCGGAUCGACUCGCGAUCAAGGUUGAUGCUCGAAAGAGAACGAGAAUUUUUAUUCAACGCGGAAGCAACCCCCGCCGCGGUCGUGGACCUUGCUAAAAACUGCUGACGUUUAUUGGAGUUCAUCGGAAUAUCCUCUUCGUUGUCCUGAAAAAGGAGUUCAGUGUGUCAGUGUGAAUUCGAAUGACGUUACAAAAUUUACGGAUACGUUUGAAAUCUUUUUUUUGUCAUGUUUCCUUCCAAAUGAUUUCCACAUUUCAAAUGAAGAACUUUGACAAGAAUUACAAAGAAUGGAAAGGAUCCAUCAGGAUGAAAUGAAGGAUCUUUAAAGGAACUCUAGAUAUUGAUUUUUUUCGAUGAUACGUCUCCAAAAGUGGAAAGAAAGAUGUCUGUUGCUGGAUUGUCCUGUUACGGGGAUGGAUUCCGAUUGGCUGGGCCACCAUCGGAAUGUUCACUUCGAAGCAAGGCUAGAAUCGAUGCUCUCUUUGAGGACUGCAGAUCCAUCUGCAGUUCUACCCUUGGUGGUUGGUACGCUGGUGUCUCGACGGUAACAUCGAUUCAAUGCGAAGAUCAAAGUUUCGAAGAGCAAAAGAGAGUAAACAGUGCGGUCCAAGCAAGAAUCGAGGCGAUGUUUGCUUCCGUGGAAGCUGAAAGCGGAACACCAGGGGAAUGUGCAGCUGCCAUAUUGCCGGUGAAGUACAUGGGUGCUGCUCCAGUUGGUGGUAGAGUAGCCAGCAUUCGUGGCCUUCAAGAGCCUCUUCGUCAGCUUCUAGAGAGAAUCGAUGGAUCGAUUCAAGCGGAAUUAGAAGUCUCUAGACGUGGACUGAGCUUUCGAACCAGUGAGACCUGUGAGAAGAACAAUCCUUUUCGUAGAAUAGCUGUUUGGAGUGCGUUGAGACUUCGAUGUAGGAAGAUUCCGUCGGGCGAAUCGCAUUACGCUUUUCUGCCACUGGUCGGAGAUCCUGAUCAAGGUCAAGGGGCCGAUGACAAACACGCUGACCUCUAUAGGACAAUGCGUGGUUUGAAAAGUGAUGUCGACGUUUACCCACCUAUCUUCGCUGUGGUCAUGAGACGAGCAGGAGCAGCAAGAUUGUUAGAAUGUCACGCAUUUGCUUGUCAAACGGAAGAAGAUGCAGUUGCUGCUGCAGCUACCUUGUACAGAGCAUUAUUAGCUGAUCUCGAUGGGAAUCGAAGAAGACCUAGACAUGCUAACGGUUUGGGCUGUGUUAGCUUGGCUUCCGUGGUUUCUAGCGUUCGAGAAGCUAGUCCUAGUAACAAGAGCAAUUUGUUGACAUCACCACCACCAAAGCCGAACGUUCCACCUCAUCCUGUAAGACCACCGAGGUCGAAAAAGAAUUCCAUUUCGAAUUCAGCUACCGAAGACGAGGGUAACAAAUCCGUUGGUGUCCAGAAAGCACCGAGAAGAAAAAAGAAAACGACAUCGGACGUACAAGCCGAAGACAUACUCGAAGCUAGAGGACGAAGAAGAGAACCUGUUAAACCGGACAAGCCAGUGAGCCUGAUCCAAAAGAACUUGGAACAGUUUGAAAAAAAAGAUGAUGAUAAUAAAAAUUCCAAAAAUAUUCAACAUGCAGAGAAAAUCGAGAUUGAUCGACCAACUAGUCGUACGGAUAAGAUCUACGAUGAUAAAACUAACAGCAGUAUUUAUGGAGUCCAAUCUAACAUUUACGAAAAAGUAUUAUUAUCCAGAAGAAGCAAUGAUUUCGAUACUAACUCGAGAUCCAUUUACUUGCCAGCUCGAAAAGACGAGGCUGUUCUAUCAAGCGAAAAGAAUUACGGAUCUUACGAUUUUUCUCGAAGAAAUUUUGACAUUGGAAGUACCAAGGAAUCUUAUUCUAAAAAGUCAGAUUGUUUUCCUAUUUACGAUAGAAUCGACAAACCAUCGAACGCGAAGAAUCCGAUUUAUAUGCAAAGCGCGAAGAAGAAUGAUCGACAAAAGAUCUACGAGGAACACUUCAGAGACGCGGAAAAGAUCUACAGUCUCGGUCAAGAAGAUAUUUACGUUCCUGGUAAUAAGAAGAUGGAUCGUGGACACGUUCACAGUUCUCAGGAGGACGUGUUCUUCUCGAGAAAUCGUAAAAAUGAUGUCUACGAAGAUGUCUGCAAAAAGGUUCUUCAGGAAAAACACUGUUCUAGAAACAGAGAAAGAAAUUCAUCCUCCGGUACAAAGCUCUGUAGAGUUGUUACCAUGGAUAAGCCCUUGAAGAAGACAGGUUCUAAUGAUUUAGAAGUUGAACCGAAGAUACCAGAGUACAGUCAGCCUCGAGUUAGAAGGAGAAGUAGAGCUGGUAGUGAACCACCAGUCAGUAGAUCUGAAAGUACCAAGAAAAUUGUUCAAGAGACUAGACUGAAGAGAUCUCAAAGUGAUCUUGACGUAGAGAGAGGGGAUUUAAUGACUAGAGUGGAAUUACCAAGAAGAGCGAGUUUCUUGAAACCUGGUAGUACCAGAAGAGCAAACAAUAUGAAAGGUGGAACUCCUUUAGGGUUUACUGAACUCUUUGAUGAAUUUAGAAAUCAGGAAGGUCUGACCAGCGUCGACGACAUCUUGGCAGCUAUUAUAGAUCCAGAAGGUAUGUCCUUUAACGACCUCAAGCCACUUUACAAAGAAUUUCUAUUGAAACUCGCCGCAACCUUGACACAAGACGAGCUCUAUCAAAGAUCUGCUAGUAUAAUGAGAAGACGACGUAGACCACAAAGAAGACGAUCGACUCGUCGACCUUGUCUGCUGGGACGUGCUAUCAAGAGAUCUGUGUCUAGAUUAAAAGGUGGACCAACCGAAUUCACAUCGGUUAUUUUUCCUGCUAGAAGAUUGAAUGAUAGCUUUGGAAGUAGCUCGUCUUGCGAUGCUAGGAACAAUCAUCGAAAUCGUGUCUUGGCUAAUAGGCACGGAAAGAGACGGUCGUCCUGGAGAAUGAGCAAGCAUGGACAGUGUCAUACAACUUCGGAGGACAGUGACACGUGUAGACGAGCGAGUCGCAACGCUGGGGCAGCUGCAAAUAGAAGCAGCAGUGGUUACGUAAGUUGCAGCGAGUGCAGCUACGAUUCCGAAUCCUGCACCUGUAUCUCAGCGGAUAAAUGUUAUUGUUCCCUGUCCAGAAGGCAACUCGUAGAACCUAUCGUCCCAAAUACGAUUGUGUGUGCUUGCGACACGGACAGUUGUUCCGAAAGCAACAAAUGUUAUUGCGGAAGGACACCUGUACGAUCCAACAUCCUGGAACAAUUGAGACAAAAAGGUAUUGUGCCGUCGGAGAGCACCUUAAGUAGAGGUGGAAGUCCCGAUAGAAUAACAUCGUCAAAAACCUCUAGGAGUCAUUCCUCUUCACAUAACUCUGAAUUAUUGAAGAUUCAAUCCUCUCCGGUUUGUGGUAGCUCGGACAAUUUGGCUUUGGAUUAUGAUCUCUUCAGUCCAGGAAGAAAAUCUCAGCAAUCAUCUGAUAGCGAGAAGGUGUUGGUUGUAAGUGCUAGAGACACUCAAGGUCGUUUGGUCUACGUUGGAGGGGCUGAACGAGAGAAGAAAUGUUUCUCGCAUGGCAAUGUUAGGUCGGACGCUCAUCAUGAAGCACUCUCGAUAAAAAAGAGUGCUGAAAUUGCUGCUGUCUUUGGAUCCGAUUCGAAUAAGAUUUGUAGGAGAGCUAGUAACGCAUCUAGUAUCAAAAGUUCCAUCAGUUUGGAAGCUGGUUUAGGGUAUUUACCUUGAUGGUAAUGUUUCCUGCUCUGUCAAUCGAUGACAGUUUUAUAUCAAAACUUGAUCUCAAAGCUACAUAGCUAAUUCAAGUUUAGUAAAGUAACAUGAGCAUAUUGUAGUCGAUGAUAGUUUAUUUCUUGAUUUCUAAUGUAAAGAAAAAGAAGAAAAUAACGUAUCGCAUAUAAUUUCCAUAAGAAUGGUACCUGUUGCAAAUUUAAAUAAUGAAAAACAAUUAAUACCAUAUUAAAUAUAUUCUGCUCUGUUCUAUAAGUCCUUGAUUCUUUCCAGAUAUUAAAUAAUAAUAUCUUCGAAAGGACGAGAUCGAUAUUAUUAAUGCUUUUGCUACUUUGAACCUGAAUGGCUUAAGUUAGUAAAUUAAGGGAACAGUGCAAUAUCAUGGAUCGUGUAUACAUAUCUUUCGUAAAUACAUUUUUUAAAUAUA